CCGCCAUAGCCCACCUUGAAGUAGAGAGUGUAUUCCCUCCCAUCCCAAUUGCUUCGAAUCAUUCUUCCCUCCCAUUCGCAAAGAUGGCUACCACUUCUGACUCGGUCCCGGCCUCUUGCAAGGUCAUGCUCUCCAAGCAUGUUGCCAAUCGCCUGCUUGCGGAGGUCCAGGAGGGCGUCCAUACCCUGGAGAAGCCGCCUCACUUGGUGGGAUUCCUUGCCAACAACGACCCCGCGGCGUUGAUGUAUGCCCAGAUGACGGAGAAGACGUGUCAGGAAAAUGGCUUCCGCUACUCCCUCCGUGAAGUUGCCCGCGAUGAUCUCGAGCAAGCCAUCCUCGCUGCCAACGCCGACUCCGAUGUCAACGGCAUCAUCGUAUACUACCCCAUCUUCAACAACCGCCAGGACCAGUACCUGCAGCAGAUCGUCGACAUAAAUAAGGAUGUAGAGGGUCUGAGCCACCGUUACAUUUUCAACAUGUACCAGAACAUUCGUUUCCUUGACCCCGAGACCAAGAGACAGAAGUGCAUCCUCCCCUGCACCCCCCUCGCUGUCAUUAAGAUCCUCGAAUACCUCAACAUCUACAACACGAUAUUGCCGUACGGUAACCGCCUCUUCGGACACACUAUCUGUGUUGUGAACCGCUCUGAGGUGGUUGGUCGCCCUCUCGCUGCUCUGUUGGCCAACGACGGUGCCUGCGUCUACAGUGUCGAUAUCACCGGCGUUCAGAAGUUCACCCGUGGUGAGGGUCUGAAGAAGGGCAGACACGAGGUUGUCGACCUGGAGGGUAAGACCCUGAAGGAUGUGGCACCUCUGUGUGAUGUUGUCAUUUCCGGUGUUCCUGGAGAGAAGUACAAGUUCGAUACCAGCCUUCUGAGAGAGGGUGCUGUGUGUGUCAACUUCUCCAGCGAGAAGAACUUUGGACCUGAGGUCAAGGAGAAGGCCUCCAUCUUCGUUCCUUCCAUUGGAAAGGUCACCAUUGUCGUCCUGAUGCGCAACUUGCUGAGACUCAUCCAGAACAGCCGUAUGGAUGACGUGAAGCCCGCUGAAGCUACCGAGCGUCCGGGAACCCUGGAAGCCGCUAACUAA